ACUCAUUGCAAAGUCUGCUCAUUCGUCUGCCACGCUCAACGCAACCCAAGCAAGUAGCAACGGACUGCACCGCUGUUCGAACAGCGCUUUGACUGUUCAGAAGGAACUGUUGGUUCCCCCGCUACCGCUUCCAGGUUCCUCUUCUGCUUCCCUCCCGUGGUCCACUAUGGCAGCCUCCGUCUACCAGGCGACCGUCUCGGCGCCGGUCAACAUCGCCGUCAUCAAGUACUGGGGAAAGCGCAACACGGAGCUGAUUCUGCCCACAAAUGACUCGCUCUCCGUCACGCUCGAUCAGGACCAUCUCAUGUCCAAGACGACGAGCCGCGCGGACCCGUCAUUCCAAGGUGACCGGCUUUGGCUCAAUGGAGAGGAGGAGCUUAUCAAGAAGGGUGGCAGGCUGGAGCGGUGCAUCACCGAGAUUCGCGCCAUGCGGAAGCAAUUGGAGGACCAGGACAGCUCUCUACCCAAUCUCUCAACAUGGGGUCUUCGCAUCUGCUCGGAGAACAAUUUCCCAACGGCGGCGGGACUCGCCUCGAGUGCCUCGGGUUUUGCAGCCCUGACAUUCAGCCUGUCCACACUCUUCGCCCUGGAGCCGGCGUUCACGCGCUCCCAGCUGACACGCAUCGCACGACAAGGUUCCGGCUCUGCUUGCCGCUCACUCAUGGGAGGCUUUGUCGCCUGGCAGUCUGGCUCGGCCGAAGACGGCUCGGACAGCUUGGCCUUAGAGGUGGCCCCGCGCGAGCACUGGCCCGAGCUGCAAGCGCUGAUCUGCGUCGUCAGCGACGCCAAGAAAGGCACUCCGUCUACAGCCGGCAUGCAACGAACCGUUGCGACAUCGCCUUUGCUGCAAGAACGCAUCCGCUCUGUCGUGCCGAAGCGCAUGGAGGACAUCUCCGCAGCAAUCCAAGCGCGUGACUUUGACAAGUUCGCAGAGAUCACCAUGGCGGACAGCAACAACUUCCACGCUACCUGCCUUGAUACCCAGCCACCUAUCUUUUACAUGAACGACACCAGUCGCAACAUCAUCCAGCUCGUCGAGGAGAUAAACCGCGCCAGCCUCGAGGCUGGUGGCAAAAGGAUCAUCGCAUACACCUACGACGCUGGGCCCAACGCGGUUCUGUACCACGACAAGCAGCACAGCGAGCUAAUUAUCCAGACCAUCCGACACUACUUCCCGAAUGCUGACUUUGACGACACAUUUAACAUCCUCGGCGCCGGAAUCAGCGCAUCGCAUCGCGGUCCGCAAGGUCCCGUCGCGCUGCCCGCGUCGCUCCCCAAGGCAUUCAACGGCGCCAUUAUCCCCGUUCAUGAACCCGGCGCUGUCGGGCGACUGUUGCACACGCAGGUCGGCGAUGGACCGCGUGUGAUCGAGCAUAGAGACAACGGCAUGACGGGGCUGCUUGAUGAACAGGGAGAGCCGAUUCGCUUGAUGAGGACCAAGAAGGAAUGA